AUGGAAUUAAAAUUCGCUUUGCCACUGUGCCUAUUGCUGUCAAGUGCUACCGCAGAGCAGUUCGACGAGCUUAACGACAAGACUUUCGGUAAUCUAAAUGGCAAACUUUGGAAGGAGUGGUGCACUGCUGUUCUGGUUGCCUCGAGCUCUGAUUUGCGUUACAUCGAGUUCAAGCGAGAAGAGGUUUGGAGUGCUAUCUUUUGCCCGAAUGGGGAUUUUUCGCGAAACCCAAGGACAACGAACCGGCCAAUGCUCAAAUUAAUAGAUUAUAGACCACCCCAUCGGUCGCUUGAUUUGUCAAGGCUCCGUACUUUCAGACCAAUGGGCUUUUGCUUUAUCCAGAUUUACGCGUUUAAAUCAGGCUGUGAGAAGUCAUUGUUGAAUACUUUUCCCUUGCCUUUCGAGGAAAAAGAGAUUGUGAGGAGGCGGAGAUAUGACUUUGAAAUUGAAAAAACCUCGGACAGUAAUUUCUAUGCAGAGAACCGCUCCAAUGAGGACCAAUCUGAUCGCAAACACCACAAUGAAUCUGAUGAUGAGUUUGUCAGUGAUGAGACUCAAGUAACUAUGAUUGUCUCCGGAGUACAUACCAACAUCGUUCGGAGCGACGACGACUUUCUGAAGGUGAAAGAAGUGAAUAUCUUGCGACCGGCAGAUGUUUUUGGUGUGGCGGAACUUGGGAAUGAUAUCAGCAAUACUGUUCGAGAGGGUAGAUAUUACUCUCGCAGCUUGAGAAAGAAAGAUUUCGUCUUCAACAGUUACCGUGAAGAACAAAAGGAGGGCGGAAGAAUGAAUAUGGCUCUGACGUCCCAAAAAAGACGUACCAAGAAGAGGAAAGCUACUCUAGGAAUAGAUUUCGCACUUGAAGACUUACCAGAGUAG